UUUUAAUAGAGAUCAUCCUUUGCUCAAAUGCUCAGAGCUGGCUGGCCGGUGAAGACUGGCCCACCUGGUCCCAUGGGUGAGAUAGGAAAACCUGGCCUUCCAGGUAUUCCUGGUGACCCUGGGAGCAGAGGAAUGCCAGGACAGAGAGGACCCAUGGGUCACCCUGGGCCAAAGGGCAUCCCUGGCAAGACAGGGAGUCGGGGCAGGAAUGGCAGUCAAGGAGUGGACGGGAGUUGUGGGCCACCAGGACUAACUGGGCACCGGGGUACCAGAGGUUUUAAGGGAGACGGGGCUUUAUCAGGAGAGAAAGGUGAUGAGGGUUUAACUGGUGAGCCUGGACCAUGUGGAGACAGAGGGAGAGCUGGGGCAAAGGGAUAUAAAGGGGAACCAGGAGAAGAUGGACCUGUUGGGCCUCCUGGUCCUCUAGGUAACAGAGGCAUUCAAGGGCUGCCUGGACCUCCAGGACCACAGGGAGACUCUGGAGAUGAUGGAACGAUGGGUCCUCCAGGACCAGUGGGCGCACCCGGGGCCACAGGUGGUGUAGGGCCACCUGGACUUGAUGGGUUUGAGGGGGCUCAAGGUCCAACUGGUCCACGAGGUCGUAAAGGCCCUCAUGGACCGUCAGGAUUAGCAGGAGCAACAGGCUCACAUGGACCUCAAGGGACUCAGGGUCAACCAGGCAAUGGUGGCCCCUCUGGUCCAAAAGGGGAGAUGGGUGAAAUGGGACCUAUGGGGAAAAAAGGAUUACCUGGCAUUGAAGGGCCCAUGGGGAUGUUUGGAGGUCCUGGUCCAAAAGGAUAUCCAGGUGCCACAGGCUUCAGAGGAAGAGAGGGUGACCACGGAGAGGCUGGACCCAAAGGAGACAGAGGCCCACUAGGUGCUCCUGGAAUCAAGGGUCGUCAGGGAGAGAAUGGUGAACGUGGCACCUCAGGCUCUCCAGGGGUAAGAGGUCAACCUGGGCCCAGAGGAAAACAGGGCAACAGAGGAACCCCAGGACAAAAUGGGAAGGUCGCCCAGGACUUCCUGGCCUGUUUGGUUUACCUGGCAUUCUGGGUUUCAGAGGCCAAGUUGGGACUGAGGGACCAGAAGGAAAGCCUGGUACACAGGGUGCUCCUGGAUCUGUUGGCUCUCCUGGCCCUAAAGGAGACAGAGGGUUUCCAGGUGUGGCUGGUGAUCGAGGGCAGACAGGUCGUCCAGGAGCCAAAGCUCCCGGAAAGCCUGGUGAAAAUGGAAUCCCUGGACCAGCUGGGGAGAGGGUGA